CAUUACCAACAGGCCACCCUUACGGUACUCGUUGUGAGCCCAAAUCACGAGUAGAUAGUGAAUAAAUACGGCACUAAAGAGCACACCUACAUUUUCUUCUUGAACUGAAGCACCAGUACAGUAUGCCUCCCGAUACAGUAGAACUUUGCAUGAUGGACGAACUAUAAACUGUAUCGCAGUUGCACACUAACGUCACAAUAACGAUAUCAGUACAAUGGCCACCAACAAGGAACAUGGCGUCAUUCUCUUGCUCGUUGCAACCAGCCUGAUAUUCCUACACCAAGAAACGACCAAUUUGGACGCAUGGUCAUCGGCUGUUUCCAAUAUGAAGCUCCUAGUCCCGCAGUUGCUAUUGACUGAUGGCAACACCACUCKGCAGCAGAACCGCGAAUUUGAGUACGCCUACAUGUCAUACAAAGCAGCAGAUUACGGGUGGGUUGCCGUUUCCUGGAUCCCUCCUCGAGGUGUUCCCUACUACACCGGGAGCGAUAUACAUCGCAUCUUCCGAUCAGAAAACACGCUUUGGAUAGGAGAUUCCACCGCGCGCCAGGACUACCAAACCAUGUACUMCGUGAUCACAGCGGACAACCCUAACAACGUCGGCAAGACGGAAUUGAACGAUUUCAUCAACAAGAACAAGGAAGCACCUUACACUGGAAAUUUUUCGAUGCCCUUCCACUGCCCCGGCCGCCAACCACCCCCUUCCCAGUGCCUCCGUAGUUUCCCCUGCAGGGGGGGACUAGAUUUUUUUGAAAUGGGACAGGUCAGGGGGACCGACGGAAACUGUUUUCCCGCAUCCGGGGACACCAACGCGACCACGAACAAUCACGCAACAAUCCCGUUCGAAACCGGAAAGUUCGAUCUCAGCCACGCACUGUGCUACAAGGACGUCUUUCCCGUUUUACGGAACGCCACCAAAACAAUCCGUAGAGAAUACAGCGUCGUAAUCGUUUCGAUGGGAAUAUCGGACUUUUCCCCAGAUUGUAUGGAUGGAGAGACAGCGGCUACCGAUCGCCUGGUGAAAGCUCUCGAUUUCUUCCACCAGAGAGUUUCCGGGCCGUCGCUCUUUGUCAUCUGGAAGACCCACGGACCGCACGCGGACGAAGCGAAGAGCCAAGGAAUCGACACCAUCGAGUUGAUAUCCGCAACCCGCCGCUGGUUUAAUGCCACGAAACCCAAAUACAUGGACAUUGCCGACGUUGGGGGGAUGCUAACUUACGGAAACCACGCAUUUGGGAUUGAACGCGUCUCGGGUGAUGCGAAAGACCACUGGGGAACGAAUGCCCGGACCCUCACCAUGCAAAUGGCGUCCCAUAUCAUGGACAUGAAAGAUGUUCGGGAUAAAGCAAGCAGUUGACCAGAAACAAAGUCUAAUGGAACAGCUUUUUCAGACCCCGAUGAUUGCUGUACCGUUUAUACGGUAGCUUAACGAUCUAUUUUGUCGUGGAACGAAUGGUUCAGUAGUCGUGCAGGUACCUGCGUAGUAUCGUUGCAAUCGGACUCGUAAAUGCUCGAUUCAUAUGGAAUAACCGCACAGAUACAAU